AUGCCCGACGGUGAGAUACGCUGGUGUAACAGGCUCGGAGGAAACGACGUAUGGAGGCUUGCUUGUGACACAAAUCCACCACCAGCAAACUGUCCACCUGAGCCUGGGCCGGACUACGACCUGGGAGAGUCACCGAUGCUCCUCACGAUCCCAAGCCGUUUCUCCAAGAACAAGUUCCAAGAUAUUGUCGUCACCGGUCAGAAGAGCGGCAUUGUUUGGGCUCACGAUCGAGACGACGGCAGCCUUGCCUGGGAAACGACUGCCGGACCUGGUGGCUUUGUAGGUGGAGCGAUCUGGGGAGCCGCCACUGACAACCAUCGAGUGUACACCAACAUCGCAAACUCUGGCAGUGCUACGUUCCAGCUCGUUCCUUCCGGAGGAAGCACCACUGCUGGUGGCUGGGUGGCCAUGGAUGCCGCUACUGGAAGAAUAGAAUGGUCCACUGCGAAUCCACACAGUGCGCGAGCAUACGGGCCUGUGACUGUUGCCAACGGUGUGGUCUUCUGCGGAUCAUUCGACAAGGAUGGUCAUGUUCUCGCACUGGACGCAGAGAGUGGACCUAUACUGUGGGAACGUACCACUGGUUCGACGGUCUAUGGAGGGCUCUCAGUCGGGCACGGGUGUUGCUUUGUUGGAACGGGAUACUCAUGGGAUCCACUGGGUGAUGCGCUUGGAGGAACUCCCGGCUCCGAAUUAUAUGCCUUCUGUGUAUGA